UCAAAUCAAGAAAAUAAAUUUGAGAGUCAGGAUUUAGUCAUGUUGGAAACUGACUUGAAGCAAACUUUAGUGCAGUCAUAGGCUAUUUCGCCGCGUCUAAUCACUGUCGAAUAAAAAAUGUUACACCAACGCAACACUAACACUGCCCUGUCUACUGACUGCCUUUGCUUCAGAACUUGGACCGACACCUUCCGCCAGCUGGCGGGUUCUCCCUGGAAAAUGCCCCAAACCACCUGGGAGCACCUGGAGCGACUGCAGACAGCUCAGGCGCUGUCGGAACGGAUCAAGUGGAGCCUGGAACAUCCGGAUAUAGAUUGCUCGGCCAUUUUCUCGCGACUGAAAGGGGCAGCCAGCAGCGGCGUGUAUCUCAUCCGCCCGGCGGGGGCAAACCAGUCGGUCCCCGCCUACUGUCGCAUGGAGGGCGGGCAGGGCUGGACCGUGCUGCUGCGGAGGCAGGACGGCUCCGAGGACUUCUACCGCACCUGGGACGACUACAAGCGCGGCUUCGGCAACCUGACCGGGGAGUUCUGGCUCGGCAAUGACAUCAUCCACCUGCUGACCAACCAGGCCAGGAGCAAGCUGCGGGUGGACUUGGAGACGUGGGGCGGAGACGUGACCUACGCCCUUUACCGCACCUUCUCCGUCUCGGACGAGGCCUCGGCGUACAAGCUGACGGCCGGGGACUACAGCGGGACCGCCGGCGACGCUCUCUUGUUCAGCAACGGAAACGCCUUCGUCACACGGGACAGGGACACCGUCUUCGGCCAGAAGGCAAAGGACUUUAAAAGCGCAGGGUGGUUGUACAUGUCGUAUUUCCCUAACCUACUCGGCGUGUACUACACGCCGCAAACCGUGCCGACAUCGACACAGCCCGACAAGAUGCUCCUUGAUUCUAUCAGAUGGUAUCAAAGGAACCGCGGGCGUCACCCGUUACUGAAGUUUGUUGAGAUGAGAAUCGCUCCUGAGGUGACAUAAAUGGUGUUUUCAGAUGUUUGUACCUCUCUGGGCCUGGCCACAUUUGUGUAAGAUUGUAGUGAUUCAUUAGCCUGUGUUAGGUUAACGUCACAUAUCAUCCCGGGGCCCGCCUGGGCUCGAAAAGACCGAUAUCCAAGACAACAAAACCCAAACCG